UCUACGAGGUCGAGAAGUAAUGGAGGAAAUGGCACCUGGGUUUCGUUUCUAUCCAACAGAAGAAGAGCUGGUCUCCUUUUAUCUCCACAACAAGCUAGAAGGCAAGAGAGACGACCUAAACACGGCUAUUGGUCGUGUUAUCCCUGUCCUUGAUAUUUAUGACUUCAAUCCAUGGGAUCUCCCACAAUUAUCAGGAGAAUUAUGUCGUAAAGACCCUGAGCAGUGGUUUUUCUUCAUUCCGAGACAGAAAAGGGAAACUCAAGGAGGUAGACCGAGUCGACUCACUACCACUGGGUAUUGGAAAUCAACUGGUUCUCCUGGUUAUGUGUACUCUUCAAGUAACGGUCGAUACAUUGGUGCGAAAAGGACAAUGGUUUUCUAUAAGGGAAGAAUUCCACAUGGAAGAAAGACAGAAUGGAAAAUGAACGAGUACAAAGUCAUUCAAGAAGAAUCAUCCUCUUCAACUUGUCCAAAUCCAGUGAUAAGGCAAGAAUUUUCUUUGUGCCGAGUAUACAAGUAUUCAAAGUGCCGGAGAGCAUUCGAUAGAAGGCCAAUUGGAGUGCAGAUAGGCAAUCCAAAUGUUCCAGUUAGUAACGAGGAGACACGAAGAAUACAGCAGAACCCACAAUUAACGUUAGACAGAAGCACAUUUGAAGGUUCAUGCACAGAAGAACAUGGACAUGGACAUGGACAUGGUGCUUCUUCUCAAAUGGCAAUGGCUAUAGAUAAUGAACCACUUUGGGAUUGGGAGCACUUGUAUAAUUGGGAAGACUAUAUAUGA